AUGAAGAGCACGAGAGGCACGUGCAAAGUAAAGUGGAAUGGCAUUCCUCAGGCUGAGAAGAGUGCGUUGCAUGCGCCUAGGAUUGGGGCAGGGAGGGGGGUGGUGGCGGAUGAUACGGCGGCUGGGCGCUGGGGCCGCGGCAAAAACGUGAGCACGCGCCGGAGGCUCUGGUCGACGCACGCGAUGCGCAUACCAAGGCUCGGCGGGGAAAUGGCGCGCUUCCGCUGC